AUGUUAUAUAACUACAAUACUCCUUACCAGUUGGUUCAGAACGUCGAGUUCAACAGAGUCCUUGGGGCGGAGCACUUCUUUCUGUACAGGGAGAGCGUCUCCAGCGCUGUAGACACCGUACUGAAACAUUAUCAGAGACAAGGCUUCUUGACCGUCAUAGAGUGGCCCAUUCCAGUAGGGGAAAUAAAAUACCACGGUCAGAAACUUAUAAUCAACGACUGCGUCUAUCGCAACAGGGGAGCGUCCAGAUAUGUGGCCAUUCAAGACACUGACGAAUUUCUUAUUCCACACCAGCAUGACAGCUGGACUGAACUUAUUGGCGCUUUAAAUAAAGAGUUUGAACUAAGUAGCAAAAGUCUAAGUGAGCAGCUAGGGACAUAUAUCUUACAAAGCACAUUUUACCAAGAUUAUCUAACCUCUUUGCAAUGGGAGAUAGUAAAAGAACACUUUUCGGUCAGCGAAGAGGAUUUCCAGAUGUUUGAGAGAUAUUCAUUAAAAGUGUUCUCCCAUUUAAAGAGAUUAAAAUUUCAUUUCGUAGGAGAACGACAGAAAUCUAUUGUCCGGCCGGAAACGGUCUUGUUCAAUGACGUCCACACCCCGAACAGAAAUCGUCCAGGGAUCGCCUACGUGAUGGUCAGCGUUGAUUUGGCUCUGGUCCACCACCACAGGAGGUGGUCCUCAACACAAGGCAAUAUUGUAGACGCUACAUCCUUAAAGUUCAAGGACCGCUGUCAGGACUGA